AUGGCAGCGGGCAACGCCGGGCACUGGGGCCGCCUGGAGUCCGUCCUGCGCAGCAGCCUCCGCCUCCUCCGGGACAGGCGGGCCCAGGGGCCGGGGCAGGCGGCGGCCGCGGCCACAGAGCGGCCGAGCAGUGGCAUCCAGGAGGCUUGCGAAGAGGUUUGCGCCCUGCAGGCGCUGCCGAUUGAUGUGCAGUUAUACAUUAUGUCAUUUCUCUCACCUCAAGACCUGUGCCAUUUGGGAAGCACAAAUCAGUACUGGAGUUUAACUGUGCGGGAUCCAUUGUUAUGGCGAUAUUUUCUCUUGCGGGAUCUCCCUUCUUGGUCUUCUGUUGACUGGAAAUCACUUCCAGAUGUGGAAAUCUUUAAGAAUUCAUUUUCUGAGUUAAAUGAUAAUGCACUGUAUGACUACAUGACAAUAUACAAAAAGAGCUGUCCUCCGAGUAGACACUUGAAACCAAGCCGUCCCACAUACGGAGCUCUGACUACCUUCCUUGUACAAUCACUGAUCACGCAAGCAGAACCUCGCUUUGCCCUUUUUGGACCAGGUUUAGAAGAGUUGGAUGAAUCUUUGGUGCGAAGAAUGAUGACUUGCCCAGAAAUUUUGCCUGUAGCUGGCUUACCUCAAAGACAAAUCCAUGGGAUUGGAUCAGGAGUCAGUUUCCAAUUUAAUAGCCAUCGAAUUUUCAAUAUUCUGACAUUGUAUUCAACUACCAGCAUGGAAAGGAAGAGAGCAAGAACAGAGCAAACUGUUACAGUCAAUAAGAUGUUUUACCAAGAAAACAGCAUAGGGGGGAAUCAACAAGCAGUACACUACAAUGUAAUUGCUCAAGUUAAAAAGGUGUGCGAAGUAGCUGAUGGAUUCAUCUAUGUUGCUAAUGCGGAAGCUCAUAAAAAACAUGACCGUCAAGAUGAAUUUGCUCGUAUUUUGGCAAUGAUAGAUCCAACUCUUGGGCCUCCAAACAGACCUGUACUGGUUUUAUCCUGCAUCUCUGAAGUUGGCAUUAAAAGAAUCCCCUGUGUUCACAUGGCACAUCAACUGCAAUUAAAUCUGCUAAGCCAACCAUGGAUGGUGCAAGACACUGUAGCUGCUACUUUAAGUGGACUGUUAAAUGGAAUUCAGUGGAUACUGGGAGAAGUUGAAUGUAAAAAUGCACAAUGAUCAAACUUGCUUAGUCAUACUAUAUAGACUUUGUCAUUUGCAAAGAGUAUGAAGUGAACAUUUCGCCCUGAUGUUGUAGUGACCAAUAAGAGAUUUAAAAGGCAGCCCUCUGUGAUUGCAAACAUUUUAAUAAUCAACAUUCUUCCAAAUAUAGACUUGAAUUAUAAGUGAAAGCAAGUUUGACUGGAUAUCAACAUUUGACAAAGAAAGGGGUUUGAUUUUUUUUUUUAAUUUGGGGCCUUUAUAAUGCUUUUCAUUCUCAGCAUAUUCUAUAAUAUAAAACAUUCUGCAAAGAUUUAUCCCUGAUUAGCUUAAUGCCAGAACAACCCUCUCACGUAGGUGUACGUCAUGCCAGAUUUAUGAAGCAUACUACAUGGAGAUCCCCGAUGACAUAGGCAGCCAUCUCCUAUAUAGUGUGUAUUCCUUAAAUGGCCAACAAGAGAAGAGACAUGCCUUGUACCACAAUGUGCACAUAACUGAUCACCUACUGUGUCAGGUCUCCCAAAAGGGACACAUCAUAUUUGAUAUUUGUUCCAGACACUGAUCCCAGACUAGCUCCCGAAAAGGAAAAAAUAAUUCUCUCUAGCACCAUUGUUUAGGGAAAAGAGGUAAACAUAAAGGGGGAUCAUAAAGCUUAGACCAAAAUUUUUAAAAAUGAACAUUUGAUUGACUUUUUUCCUAUGUGUUCUUCAUGACAUUAAUAAAGCUUAGCUGUGUCUGCUU